AGCUGUGUUGCCAUUGUAUUCUUAUGUCAUAAUUCAUCACAUUUUCGUUUUCAGUUUUUUAUUGAAUUAUAUUUAAAUUAAAAAUAAAAACACUGAAAUCGGACAUACUUCGUUACUGAAAAUAUAAUACAUUUCAUUACACCUUAGAUAAAAAGUUUGGAUAUUAAAACAGGCAACCUUGGUAUCGGCAACACUUGAUUUGUACCUGGAGCGAAGAGCGACAUUUUUCGAUCAAACAAAAACAUAAUAAAUGAUUUGUGUUUUUAUUGAGAAAUAAAAUUGAUCGUGUUUCCCAUAUAUCAGCAAAAUGGUUGAUGAUAAAGUUGAAAUGAAUAACGAUAACGAAAGUUACACAAGUUUAAAUGCAAGUGAUCCGAAAAAUGUACAAGAAUUAACCCAAUAUGUACAAAGCUUACUACAAACCAUUCAAGAUAAAUUCCAAAAUAUGUCGGACCAAAUAUUAACAAGGAUUGAUGAAAUGGGUAACAGAAUAGAUGAUUUAGAAAAAAAUAUAGGGGAUCUAAUGACCCAAGCUGGUGUAGAAGGAACGGACAAAUAAAAAUCUUUACUAGUAUCUAUUUAGUAUUCACCAUAAAAUAAGUUUACUUAUAAGCUACAUCUAGUUACACAAAUAUCAAAACACUUUAUUAAAUUUAUGAGUUUUUCCCUGCAUUUUGACUUUGGGAUGUUAGUAAAGGGUGUUUUUUUUUGUUUAUAACUAAAAAUGCUUUUCCUAUUUUUUAAUAGUGUUGAUUUUAUUUGAUAAUUGAAUUAUUAUGAUUAACUUUAUUGAUUUAAAAUAACCAACUUAUUUUCUACAUCUUGCAAUUGGUGAUGACUGUUCGUUUUCGCUAGUACUGCUUAUAUUCUCUAUAGUAUCAGUUUCAGAUUCCUCUUCUGAUUCUGAAACUGAGUGUUUCAUGGAAUCUAACGUUUCUUCACUUUUUGAUAGUUUUUCUUUAGGAUUGGGUAUACCGGGUGUUUUUUUCUUAUAAGUUGAUGAGAAAAUUGCUCCUAAGGAGCCCAAUGAUCCAGUGGAUCUAAAUAAUGAAGAUUUUCCAAUAUUUUUAUCUUGAGAUGCACGGGGAAGACGAAGUGACUUUUUGAAUUCCUGUGAAAGUAAACAUAAAAUGUUAAUAGUAAUAAUUGAAGUAUAAAUUUGUCUUAACUGCCUUAUUCUGUCUGCAGAUGCUAAUAUGUUCUAUUAUCCACUGGAAAUGUUGGAGUGAACAGUGUGUUUAAGAACAAGUGUGGAUAAUAUAUUAAUUUGAAAUUAGUUGAUUAUGAAUUAUGAGAAUUCUGUAAAGACGAACAAUGUGAGUUCAACAAACUGUUUUAAAACAAAUUUAAUAAUAUAGUAAAGUUAGAUUUGGUUAUCGAAAAGUCAAUAGCUGCCUGAGAUUACUUGUAAGUUUCUUUCUGAGAAAGGUUUGUCCGAGAAAUUUCAUAGUAGUAGUCAGAAAAUUCCUACGGAGUCGUUGCAUAGUAAAAUAAGUAACUAGUGUACAUGGUUAAAAUAAAUGUAAGAAUAAAUCUAAUCUGGACUAUUGGUACAUUACCGUUUGUAGAUGUCCUCUCAUAUUCUGAAAGUCCUAAGUAAUAAAUAAAAUAUAUAAUUAAGAAUAGAAAUAAAUUUCUAAAUAUUAUGUAAUGAAAAUACAUAUCAGCAAAAGUCUAAACAGAACUCAGCCUCUAUCAAAUUAGGUUUUUAAGUAAUCCUAACCUAAAAGUACAAAAAAACUAAAAAUAAAAAAAAAAAUUCUCCCUAAAGCUGGAUAUUUGAUUAAUAUUCUUCUGGGGUUUCUGGGCUUUGUAUAUGAAGCAUACCCUAUGGUUGAUUCAAUACAAAAGAGGCGAUCCAUAGUUGACCGGAAAUUUGGACAGCAAGUAGUAUAAGAAAAUAGAGAAAACGGGUGGUGAAUACAUAAUGUAGUGUAACAAAAACUAUUAAGGCUUUGAAAAAGGCGCCUCUACCGAAUUUUAAAAUAGUUGCACCAUCUUAAAGUUUCCUAAUAGUAUGGACACUUUACACAUAGAAAAUUCUGAAAUUUGUAUUAAGGGUAGAGGCGCCAUUUUCAAAGCAUUUUUUUUCUACAAAUUCCAGAAACAAAAAACCCAAGAUUUUGGGUUAAUUCAUUAAUUUCGCUUCAAGGCGGACAUGAUUGAAAUUUAUAUAUUAUAAUAAAAAUAGUUUAGUACUCAACGACCUUAAAAAUAUUCCAGUAUUAAAAAAUAGUUCAAGCAACAGGUCAUGACAUUAUUGGAACUGAAAGUAGAAAAAUCUCGCUCUAACUAUAUGAUCUGGAAUCGAAGUAUAAGAGAAGAUGUAAACCAAAGCAAAUAACCCCAAAAAAUGUGCGAUUUCUUCCUCCUGUUCCCUUUGAAGGAGAAGCAGCCUAGAGCUGGUGUACAUACCAGAGCCAGGAAGAAGGGCCAGAAUAACGUACAUACCACAUCCCUAAUCCUUCAGACCAAUCAGCCUACCUCUUUUCUACUCAAAACGAUGGAAAAAGCUGUCGACAACUACAUUAGAAUAGAAAUUCUGUAGUGGAAACCUCUCCAACCUCGCCUUCGACAAUAGUCUGACAGUCAAAAAAACAUUAGACGCGAGAGGAAUAGAUGGGACAACCUCUCUCAGAUUGAUGGCAGAACUACUAUCUAUUAGAACAACAGAAAUGGAAGUAAGGCAAGACACCAUUUCAAUUACUGAAAACAGGGGAUGUUCACAAGGGGGAGUGGCAUCCCCACUAAUGUGGAGCUUAGUAGUAGACGAACUGUUAUGGGAUAUAGUCAUCUAAGUAAAAGAAUUCUUUGGUGGUGUCGUUCGGUGGGGCUAAACGUCAAUCCGAACAAGACCUACCUGAUUUCCUAGGCAGAAAAAACUCAACCUCAAGCUAGACAGGAGUCCUCGAAUGGAACUCCAGAGCACUACACCUGGGAGCGCUUGAAAUAGAAGACAAAGAUCUCUAUCAAUUGAAGACUUCCCACAUUCUAGACUUUUUAAAAGGAGUGGGAUUAAUGGAUCUGCUGUAAACACUUGGUUCUCCAGUGUCGCAGCAAGAGGGGGGAGCACAAUAGAUCCUUUGCGUCGCAGUUUUAGCUUAAUAAAAAAAGAUGUAUACAAUGUGACCAAAGCAAAUAACACCAAAAAAUAUGCCUCUUGUGACUUCUGACCCCUGAUAGGUUUCAACGCGCAUAAUUUCUUAAUUUAAAUGGAUUAUUCAUUAUGAAGACUCAACUUUGUUAAAAUAAGAUUGAAACUAAAAUUAACAGGAAUCAGUUUAUUGUAGGACGUUUUUGAAAUAUUCACGAAUUUUCAGAUACCAAUUGAAACCAGUACAAUUUUUCUGUCAGCAUUUAUUUUCACUUAGCAAUCUUAAGUUUGGUUGAAGAUUAUAAUGGCUGGGUCUACUGAGGAAAUUUCUUUCACAACCAUUCAACAACUCUUUGAAGCAAUGUACUUUUAGCGCAAUAAUAGAUGUAAACCAAAACCAGAACCCCAAAUAAUGUGCCUCUUGUGACUUCUGACUCCUGGUAGGUUUUAACGUGCCAAAUUUCAGUGGAUUAUUAACAACGAAGACUCAAAUUCGUUGAGAUAAGAUUAAAAUUGAAACUAGUACAAUUUUUCUAUCAUUUAUUGUCACUUUAGCAAUCUUCAGUUCGGUUGAAGAUUAUAAUGGCUGGGUCUCGUGAGGAAAUUUCUUUCACAACCAUUCAAUCUGUUGAUAAAUUGACAUUUUUAGCGUAUAUUUAUAACAUUCUAUUUGCAACGCAAAAUUUCAGACAAAUUCUACGUUUAACGCUCAAUACCAUUGCUGUAAGGUCAAAUUUAACUUAUGUUUGGUAAAUUGUAUGUUAAUAUUUACAAUUUAGAUAAAAUAAGAAUAUUCACGUUCUCUAUCUAUAUAUUUUAACAUCCUAAAAAUGUAUGUUUUGCUUGUUUACACAAACAGAGAGGUUAGAUUAGGUUGUUAUUUGUUAAAUAAAUAUUUUUUUCGAUAUUAAUACAUUCUGUUUAUUCUAGAUAUAAUUAUUUAACACAAGGUAUUGUAUAUAGUUGAUUCAAAAUAAAAAAGUAGCUAACAGUAAA